ACAUGGUGGCGCUGCAGGAUAAUGUUACAGAAAAAAAAUACAUUAAAUGCUGCAGACACACAGCCCAAGUGAGCACAGAAAACUAGGAAGAAACAACAAGCCAUGAAGGUGCUGCCUAGAAAUCGUAUAUCCUUCGGAUUCUGAGGAUUCUGUGGACAAAUCAAGGGGCACGUUUUUCAGAACUGUGUGGUGGAGCAGAAGUGAUUCUGCCAGAAGCCUGCUGGGAAGGAGCUAUGGAGAAUAGAGGGGGAAGCUAUCUGCAGACCAGGCAAGUCCUGCUUCUCUUUGUUUGGCUGGGAAUGUCUCAAGCUCACGCUGAGCCUGGGAGACUUUCAGUGGUGGAGGAAACGCUGAGUGGGGCCUUGGUGGGGAAUUUGAUAAAGGACCUGGGACUGGAGGUGGCUGAGCUGUCUUCUCGAGGGGCUCAGGUGGCCUCUAACGAUAACAAAUUGCCUUUGCUUUUGAAUGUAAAUACAGGAGAUUUGCUCCUAAGUGAACCGCUAGACCGGGAGGAGCUGUGUGGCUCCAUCCAGCCCUGUGUGCUGCAUUUCCAGGUGUUAAUGAAAAAACCCAUACAGAUUUUGCAAGCCGAGCUUCAGGUCAUAGAUAUAAAUGACAACUCCCCCACAUUCUUGGAAAAGGAAAUGAUUCUCGACAUCCCAGAGAAUAGCCCUGUUGGUGCUGUGUUCUUACUAGAAAGUGCGACAGAUUUAGAUGUAGGAAUCAAUGCUGUAAAAAGCUAUGCCAUAAGCCAGAGCCCUCAUUUCCAUGUUACAAUGAGAGUUAAUCCAGAUGGCAGGAAAUUCCCAGAGUUGGUUUUGGACAAGGCGCUGGAUUAUGAGGAGCAGCCCGAGCUCAGUCUCAUCCUCACCGCCUCGGAUGGUGGCGCUCCACCCAGGUCUGGGACUGCCUUGGUUCGAGUGAGAGUCAUAGACAUUAAUGACAACUCCCCCGCGUUUGAGCACACGCUCUAUGAAGUGACGAUUCCAGAGAACAGUGUGCUUGGCUCACUGAUUAUCACAGUGUCCGCCUGGGAUUUAGACUCGGGAAGUAAUGGUGAAGUAUCCUAUGCUUUUUCCCAUGCAUCAGAGGAUAUUCGAAAAACAUUCACAAUUAACAAAAACUCUGGAGAAAUAAGUUUAAUAGGCUAUUUGGACUAUGAAACAACUGCAUCCUACUCAAUAAUCAUUAAAGCUACUGAUCGGGGAGGACAUUUUGGGAAAUCUACAGUAAGAAUUCAGGUGAUAGAUGUGAAUGACAAUUUUCCUGAAAUUGCUGUGUCAUCAUUUAUCAGUCCAAUCCCAGAAAACACUGCAGACACUUUAGUUAUGAUUUUUAGUAUCCGAGACAAGGACUCCGGAGACAACAGCAGGAUGGUCUGUUCUAUUCCAGAGGAUCUCCCGUUUGUGCUAAAAUCUUCUAUUGAAAAUUACUACCACUUAGAAACUGAGGGCCCCCUGGACAGAGAGAGCAGAGCCGAGUACAACAUCACCAUCUCCGUCUCCGACAUGGGCUCACCCAGGCUCACAACCCAGCACGCCAUAGCAGUGCAGGUGUCCGACGUCAACGACAACGCCCCCGCCUUCAGCCAAUCCUCCUACACCCUGUCUGUCCGCGAGAACAACAGCCCCGCCCUGCUCAUAGGCACCAUCAGAGCCACAGACUCAGACUCUGGCUCCAACGCCCACAUCACCUACUCGCUGCUGCCGCCCCAUGACCCGCAGCUGGCUUUGACCUCACUCAUCUCCAUCAACGCUGACAAUGGGCAGCUGUUUGCACUCAGGGCCCUGGACUAUGAGGCCCUGCAGGCCUUCGAGUUCCUUGUGGGAGCCACAGACCAAGGCUCCCCCGCACUCAGCAGCCAGGUGCUGGUGCGCGUGCUGGUGCUGGAUGACAAUGACAAUGCGCCCUUCGUGCUCUACCCUCUGCAGAAC